UGUAGAGCAAAAGAAAGGAUUCUAUUAAAAUUGUAAAGCGUUUAACCUAAUAGUCUGGCUAUGAUUUCUAUCGUAGGAAGAAGCGUUUAAAAGUAUCAGUUUAAAAGGUUACGUGGUAUGUUUACAAUAUUAGCGUUGGUGGGGGUGAGUGUUUGUGCAUUGUUUGUUGACUUUGCCAGGAGACACCGACUUAGUGUUCUUGUUUAUGGGGAUUGCAACAGUCGCAUCUCUUCCUUUAUCAAUUUACUCACUUUAAGUCUGAUUUUUUUUGUUUUUGUUUUUGUCUUAUAAUAGUCUCAUACCUUUUUUAUUGAACUGUACACCGUUACAAUCAGGCUCAAAGCUUAGAUGCCCUCAUUAUCACGCGGAUUUUAUAUGUAAUUUUCCUUGUCUUGUGCAUUGUCCACCUCUUUCUGAGCUUUGUUGCUAUAUUCUCUGGAUUCUGAAAACUCUUCUGUUCAAGUCUUGUGCGAUUUGUUUUGACGAAUUCUAGAAAUGCCGGCCAGCUCAGACCAUUCUGAGAAACACACGCAGUCAAUUUACGAGAAAAUUACGGACGCCUUUUACAAUGUUUUAUUCUGUUGUGUAUCCUGUGAUAGUUGUGAAUUGGCCUGCCAAGAGUGUGAUUGUGAAGACCCAUCAGUGGAAAUUGCAUAUGCCGACAUCGACAUACCAAAAGAAACUCGCUUUUUGCUUCUAAGUUCUCUUCCUUGGAUUCCUGACAUCUGCGAAGUUUUAAAGCUAGGGGAGUUUGAACUUCCGGAUUGUUAUGAUAUUCCAAACACGUUUACGCAGGGUUCUUUAAGCAGUGUUUUUCAUACUUUCAGCGGUACUUAUCUAAAACACAGGUAUGAGCUGGAUGAGCGCGGUUUUUCUAUGCCAGACAAAGUAUAUCACUUUACACAAUAUAAUAGGUGUGCUGAUGAAAAUGUAAAAUUGCUACUCAAAAGCCACCGUAGUUUAUUUAAUCAUCUUUGUGAGUAUCUUCGUGCUGGCCCUGUCCCUAUCUCGGUUUUGAUUCACCAUGUUAUGCUAUUCCAAUUUUACCCUCCAGCAAUUCAGGAAUGUCUUUGGAUUGCUGUUGACCAUUAUCUUUCUAGUCGUCAGAACGCUCAGUCCAAACUACUAAAGCUUGCUUUACAAAACAGACUUGGCUGUAUACGCAUGUAUCUGAUCGAUCCAAACGAUAUUUACGCUCUCAAAGAAAAGAAGGAUUGUGUUGCUGUUGCAUGUUCAAACUUUCUAAGCUACCUCCAACUACAAUUACCGUUAUGCGAGGGUAGCCUUCCGUACGAACUGCGUGGCUUUGAAGCGAUGUUGCAUUCCGCAUCCUCUGAAGCUGACAUUGCCUGGUUAUCUAUGAUGCACUGUGUAGGAAACAACGGUCAUGCUUUUCCCAUUCAUAUAUAUAUGAAUACAAAGGAUACCGUGUUUGAAGGAAGGGUUCCAGAAUCAGGCCUUUUUCUGUACGAUACGGACGCGGUUAUAUUUAAAAAGGAUUCUUUUCUUCGUGGGUUUUACGACUUUUGUAACCAACUACUUUUGGACCUCUGCAAAUGUCGGCAAUAUUACACAGAAAAAGAUCUAGAUGACUAUAUCUCAAUUCGACCGUUGCCCAGUCCGAAUACAAACACGCAUACUGACUCUGCUUACGACGAGUCCAAUAGUAGCAGUCUCAAACAAAGUAGGACGCAUUGGUCUUCUUCAGAUUAUACCAAGGACUCGUCUGAGGAUUAUAUCUCAAAAUGUAAAUCGUUAACGUAUCAUGCUUCUAACAGUAGUUAACUUUUUUAAAUAUCAAACGUGUGUACAACGCUUUUUAUAUGGAUUUAUUAUUUGCUUAAAAAU